UUUUAUUAUUUGAGCUUUUUUUAUCCUUUCUAGAUGUGCACAUUGUUUUGCACCUAAAUCAAAUGAUUUACAUACACGAUUUUGUACGGAAUGUGGUCUAUCUUGGCAAAAACUAACUCAUAAUCCACCGGAUAAUUAUUUAGUAAUUCAAAAUAAUUCUAUCGGAUAUGAUGACUACCCUUCAUUUGAAAAAAAGAAACUAUCUAAUCCCAUUCUGUUGAACAACUCAUAGUUAUUUACGAAAUUAUUUUUUCAUAAAAGUCAUUAUACCAGCUAAGAUAUAUAAGAGCAAUGAUGAGUAAUAUGAUCUCAAAAAUAACCUAUAUCUGACAUAUAUAUAUGAGUCUUUCGAAAACAGUAAAAAAACAUUUUUCUCUUUCAGAAUCUUGAUAAAGCUAUUAAUUCUUAUAAGAAACCCGAACAUAUGUUGAAUGUGAUAGAACUACAUAUCCGAAUCACAUUCGACGUUCUGAAGCCUAAAAACAAAAAGAAAGCUCAUAUAUUUUUCUAUUCUCAGGAAUCAUACUUAUAAAACUCGGAAAAAGUUGCAUAGUUGGUUGCCUUUGUCCUCGACAGUCAUAUCUUACAACAGCCAUCAUUGCUAUAAUACCUGUUAACCAGUAACCCUCCCCCCAGAAUAAAAGUGCAUGCCCUUAUACAGUGUCUUGGCACAUCGCUACUUUUUGAAUGGCCUUCUAUUGGGGGUCAAUUUUUGGCCAGUUUUUAAUUAAAAUCAUUUAAAAAAUGAAUAAUUAAUUAAUAACUUUAAUUAUUGUUUUUUGCUGAAAAAACUACCAUUUUUUGUAAAAACUGUACUAAUUAUGAUAGGAAAGGAAGGAUUUCGCAAAAAGAAAACAUUAGAAAAUCGGUUAUAUUUCCUUAAUUCGGGGAGGGGGGUAUAUGACUUUUCAGAACUGUAAAAUUUGAUAAAGAGUAUAUCCUUCGACGGAUCAUGUAUUGUUCUACAUAACAGUAUUGAUUACUUUACAAAUGAAUAGUAGUUAUUUUAUUUUACACGGAUAAUUUUUCUUUAAUUAGACUAAUAUAUGUACAAAUUGUAAAUCUACUAUUCCAUUUAAUUCUAACACAUGUGUUAUAUAUGAAACACCAGUAUCCAAAGAACCACAACAACGACCAACUUCUCAAAAUCAGGUUUCAAAAAAAUUAAUCAAAUUUUAAUGUUCCUCUCUAGACAAGAAUUCUAUGUCCUCAUUGUAAAUCAACAAAUCCAAUACAUUUACGAACAUAUUAUAUUUGUGAAAAUGUAUUAAUACCAACAUCGACAUCACCAGAAAAACGAACUUCAAUUUCAAUUCCAACAAUAUCAAAACAAACAAAUACAAUGAUGAUAACAUGUUCAAAAUGUUUUCGUUUAAAUAAUCCUAAUGCUCGUUUUUGUGAUUGGUGUAGUGCAUAUCCUGAUCAUGCAUCUACAUCAAUACAAUGUACAAAAUGUCAUACUAAUAAUGAUUCAUUUGGAAAAUAUUGUUCAACAUGUGGAUGUGUUCUUGAACCAUCAUUACGUAUUAUUGAUACACGUCUUUAA